CGCAGACUUUGGUCCUUGCUAAGCAUUUGUGCUGAAGACAGGUUGUUAUGAGACUCGUGCCAUUCCCCCACUGUUUUGUCCCACCACAGAUCCUGAAAGACCAGAGUGUAACUACCUGCUGCAAAGCUUUGCUCUGCCCCCAAGACCCACUAUGGAAGCCAUUGCCAAGUUUGAUUUCACUGCAUCUGGAGAAGACGAGCUGAGCUUCCAGGCUGGGGAUAUGUUGAAGAUUUUGAGCUCCCAGGAGGAGUGGUACAAGGCUGAGCUCAGAAGUCACGAGGGCUACGUUCCAAAGAACUUCAUUGAUUUCCACGUUCCCCCCUGGUUUGAUGAGAAGAUAUCCCGCCACGAAGCAGAGAACCUUCUCAUGAGCAAAGGAGUUGGCUGCUUCAUCGUCCGAGCCAGUCAGAACUCUCACGGUGACUUUUCCAUCUCUGUCAGGCAUGAAGAUGAUGUGCAACACUUCAAAGUGAUGAGGGAUUCAAAGGGUAGCUAUUACUUGUGGACAGAAAAAUUCCAGUCACUAAACAAGCUGGUGGACUACUACAAGACAACUUCCAUCUCCAGGCAGAAGCAGAUCUUCCUAAGGGACAACAGCCAAGAAGAAAAGGAGAGGCGGGGUGGGAGCCUGGAAUGGAUAGGCCAGGAAGGAUUCCACAUGGGAGGAGCAGCUGGAGAAGAUCAUUCUUCUAUAUCCAAGAGAUAUGUAGAUCAUCCUAUUCCCAUACUGCAGCAGCAACAGGAAAGAUAUGGUGGGAGUUUGGACAGGAAGGACAUGAUGCACAGGCUAAGGGAUCAUGGCCAAGGAGGUGCAGGCGCUAUGCAACGGAGACACACAGACCCACUGCACCAGCAGACACCGCGAACGCUGUGGGUCCGUGCCUUGUACGACUUCGAGGCGAUGGAACACGAUGAGCUGGGCUUCCGCAGUGGAGACAUCUUAGAGGUCCUGGACAGUUCCAACCCAUCCUGGUGGAAAGGGCGCCUGCGUGGGGAACUGGGUCUCUUCCCUGCCAACUAUGUCACGCCAGUGCUGCUGUGAGGGCACAGCGUGGCCCAGAGGGCUGUGCUGGAGCUGCUCUUCUGACAUGACAGGGACAGAGAAGGAGUGCAUCUUCCCUCUCCACCAGGACAUUGUUUUUUGUUUUGUCUUAAUUUAUUGGCAUAGAUCUUUUGAAAUGUUGGCAUGAAAGAGAACCCUUCAAAGAAGAAUUUUUUUUUUCCCCUUAGUUUUCAGUUAUGAAGGAGAGGGAGAAAAAUCUUGGACUGUUCCUUUAGACUUUGCCGGGUCCUCCCUGCCCUGUCACCUCUUUGGCUAACUAUUGUUAACCUCCUGCAAUU